AUGGUAAGACCGUCCACUAAAAGCGUUCGUUAUAGGGAAUACACACAAACAUUUCAGCCAACUAUAUUGCGCGGGGAAAACAUCGAAAACUCCAAAGCGAACUCCGCCAGACGAGCACCUCAGUGCAGAACGCCAGCGCUGAAAUUCCGUGCAAUAUGCCGGGGCGAUGUUAUAUGGGAUUCCUUCGUGCGAUGGAUGCCCGGGGCGGGGGAGGGGCGGCGGUACGUGGCGGGGGCGGGGGGGAGGGGACGGGUGGGGGGAGGCGGCAGGUCAACGACCGCGGCCCGAGACGGCCUGUCUCCAUUACACGACGUCACUCGACUGAAGAUGGAUUCGCCUCACGUCAUUAACUUCCAUAAAUACAACCUAGAUCCGAUACGAAUUUUCUUAAGUGACACAAAUAUUUCUGUAGUGGAAUCGGAAGACGGGACCCGUCAAAAUGAUAGCUUAGAAAUUCUUUCGGAA